GCUAGUGGGUUCCAUGUGUUGGUGGCGAGUGUUGCUUGAGUUAAGCUGCGGCCGUUGGUAGAGCGAGCGCCUGUCAGCAGCGGCAGUGUCGCCAUUUGCAGCAAAUGUUUGGAUUCGGCACGUGUAGCGGCGGAGGUGUGAUAACUGAGGAACAAGUACCCUUACUGAGCUUCAAGUUCAUCAACAACAGAAGAAAAAGUGUACACAGUCCCUUCCGAAGGUCCAUCAUGCUGGGCCGUAACCUGCUGGUCGAUGUGUUGGCGGCGGUAUUCGGCGUGGGCGCUUGGGUGGCCGUCAACGGCCUGUGGGUGGAGCUGCCCCUGCUGGUGGAGAAGCUGCCAGAGGGAUGGAACCUCCCGUCGUACCUCUCAGUUAUCAUCCAGAUCGCAAACAUUGGUCCCAUAGCGUACUCUGUGUUGAUAGCCUUCCGGCCAGGACUGCGUCCAGCGCCGGUGGUGUACGGGGUACUGGCUGUGGGCUGCGUUGCCUCCCUUGCGAUGUCGAUGCUGUGGGAUAAGACGUCAUGGGUGGGUGGAAUGCAGCACUCAACAGCGCUCCUGCUCUUAGUUUUCCUGCUGGCGCUGGUCGACUGUACCUCAUCGGUGCUCUUCAUGCCCUACAUGGCUGUCUGGCGGAAAAUCUACCUGCCCUCCUACCUAAUAGGGGAAGGGCUGUCUGGGCUGUUGCCUGCUCUCGUGGCCCUCGCUCAGGGCGUUGGAGGUAACUCCAAGUGUAUGAACAUUACCAUCUGGAACAUAACUGAAGAAGGCAAUACCACUUACAUAGACGUUGAACCUGUCUCUCUCAGCCCGAGGUUCACUGUAACAGUUUUUUUCUAUAUCCUCAUGUCUAUGAUGAUUGCAAGCGCCCUGGCCUUCACCCUGCUAGAGCUUUUGCCUAACAUAAAAAAUGAACGAGCAAUCCCGCCCUCAAACUCUGAGAGUGUGGCUGCGCUAGAAGCUUCACACUCCAACACCCAAUUGAUGAGUACCUUAGAGUCCAGAAAGCAAGACACGGGCAUGAGCUCGCAGCUCUACUGGAUCAUGCUGGCAGGUCAAGCCUGGGCCUGCAGCCUUACCAACGGUGCUCUACCCUCCAUUCAGUCGUAUUCCUGUGGGGCGUACGGCAAUGUAGCCUACCACUUGGCAGUCACGCUGUCGUCUCUGGCUAACCCGUUGGCGGCACUGGUGACGCUGGUUCUGCCGAGGGCACGAGCAUGGCUCCUGCUGGUGCUUGGCACCUUUGGGUCACUGGUGGCAGGUUAUAUUCUAGCUACUGCAGCCCUCAGUCCCAACCCGCCCCUCAUGGGUACCAAGGCGGGAGAGGCUCUCGUGGUAUUGGCGUGGGUCGUAUUCACAGGAGUGAUGACCUACGUGCGCGUGGAGAUUGCCAAUCAGAUGCGAGAGGAAGGUGCCCGAGCACUCUUCUGGUGUGGCGCCGUCACACAGGCGGGCUCGGCCAUAGGGGCCAUCACCACCUUCGUCCUGGUCAACGUCUAUAAUCUAUUCACUCCGUAUUAUCCAUGCUAGAACUUAUUAAGCUAUACAUGUUAACUAAGAAACGUAUGUUAUUGUGAGCGAUGCCGUUUAUUAGGGUCUGGAUAUUAUUGAGUGUUUCCUGCAUGAAGUCUCUGUGAGGAGUUUUAAACAGGUAUUUAAAAUUACAUUUUGUUAUAGCUCCCUUGAUGCAUGUCUUAUUAUCCCUUAUACAAUGGACAUCUUUAAAGGGGGGUUAUUACUUUGCAAGUGUUGGAUGAAAGAUAUAAAGUUAACCAAUAUUAGUAUUUUUAGCUAUAAUAUAUUUUAUACAGUAUUUUCAGCAUAAAUGUCUACUCUUUUAAGAUUUUAUUGUUACUUUGAUUUGUUAAAUGAAGUACAAGCAUUAUAAUGUAAAUGGAGAAGCAUUAGUGGACAAAUUGGAACGAGGAUUACCCGGACAGCCUCAUGUCCGUAGUUGUCUAGUCAAGUAUCAUUUAUUCCACUAUGGUUUGUGCUCUCGAAAAUUAAGAUGUUCCCUACUGUCUACUCUUCAUGAUUUAAUCUUCAUAUAUGUUACUACCGAAUAUCCUAAAUUUAAAAUUUACCUUAAAUUAAACUAUAAUUAUUCAAGAAAUCAACUUAAAAUUGUAUAGCUGUAGCAUUGAUAAUUAGCGAUAUUUUACAUUGAAUAUAGUGUUAGCCACAGCAUUUUUGCCUGUUGUUUUAAGUCAACAUUAUAGACUGUCAAUUUUAUCAGAAAACAAGUUCUUUAUUGUCACUACCUGAAUGUAUCACUGUACUGUAACUUUCAACAUUUUUAAUAAAUGAGUUUUUUUCA